AUGCUCCUCGCUAUCGCCGCUGCUGGAUUCUUUCCAUUGUUGGUCCUUGCGCAACAGCCCGUUUCCCCCGACGUAUUUGACAAGAUUACUCGCUACACUGCUUUUGCAGCCGCGUCCUACGAUGACCACUGCGCAAAGCCGCCGUUUGGGUCCAGGAUUGUCACGACCUUUAACGAUAUCGCGACAGAUACGCAGGCUACUCUUUUCCGCGAUGAUGCUGCCAAAGAAGUGAUUAUUUCCUUUCGUGGAACGUCUACCCCAAAGGACCUGGACUCUGAUCUCGCCUUUGGUCUCGUGCCACUGUCCGCCGCCGGCACGAGCUGUUCUAGUUGCAAAGUUCAUGAGGGCUUUCAGUCCGCAUUCAACGCAAUCUCUCGGCAGGUUAUGUCCGCAAUCAAGUCUGAGCUGUCGUCUGAUUCGCGUCUCAUUGUGACUGGACACUCCCUUGGUGGCGGCAUCGCUGCCAUCGCAACGUCAUCGCUUAUCGGCCAAGGCAUUCAAGUUGCAGAGACGUAUACCUUUGGCGAGCCGCGAAAUGGCGAUGCCCAAUGGGCCAAGUAUAUCGCUAGGCAGAUUCCCGACUCCAACUACUACCGCGUCACGCAUUCCAACGACGGCGUGCCCCAGAUUCCACCGACCGUGCUUGGCUACGUCCAUCACGGACCCGAGUACUUCCAAAGCAGGGACGCCGGCAACACGGCUCGAACCACUUUCAAAUGUGGCCCAGACGCCAAGUCCUGUAGCGCAGGCCAAGAUUUUGGGUCCAACCCCAUUAACCGCUCGCAUCUUACCUACAGCAACACUAUUGUUGGCAGCUCGCUCUUUGUUGCUGCGUGCGGUGCAGUGUUCCCAUGA